GAGAGACGGAGAGGGAGUGUAGUACACACUCAAUCUCUGCGAGAGAGCGACAGAGAGGAAAAAGAGGAAGACCCGUAAAAUUCAGAGAGCAAAUCGAAGGAAAGGGGACAAAAAUGGAUGGAUGCUGAGGAGGAAAAAUGUUGACAAGAGACCAGGAUUUGCAAGCGGUACCAAAAAGAUCAUGAUCUUUUUUGUGCUUUAAUCUUUUCACCAGUUUCUCCAGAUGCCACGUGGACACUGGAAGCUUAAAAAGUCACAGAGAGUUAGUAGGACACUAGAUGUCCUUUGUCAUUUAAACAAAAUGAGCAAGCAAGACAGAAAAACCUAAAAUUUAAGGACUCCUUUCUUCAGGUUCUGGAGCAACACAGACGAGACGUGACUGUUUCUUCUGGUUAAAACAAACAUCAUAUUGCUUGCAUUGUGGACCAGUGUUCAUGUGACACGUUGUGCGCCUGCUGUUCAGCCGAGGGCAAGAUUAUACUAACUGAACUGGACAGGAUGCUGACUUUCUCAAAAACAUCCUCCAGCCUGCAGCAGCGAGCUAACUCUUGAUUUAAGACCUCUUCUGUUCCGUCUCAGAUGUCAGGACUGCAAAACAACACCAACUGUUAAAAAGGAUGGUGCACAGAAGGUUGGUCUCAGCCUUGAGGACGGGACAAAAACAAUUGCUUUCCCUUUGAUGACUCGAAUGACCAACUCUCUCUACCUGAGAAUGGACUAAAAAUCUGGGGCAGCAUUCAAGAUUCAACCAAGAGUUAUGAGGCAGGAUAUGUGGAGUAACUGUUGGCAACCUUAAGGAUAGCGACACCUACCCAAGUCGCCAGCUCUCACUCAAACAGAGAGUGGACCUCUACCCUGGUGAAACUCUGGCUGCUCUGAUUGCCAAGCAAAGCAUCCUGACGGCACAAUGCUGUGUGCUCAGGGUGUGGCCGCACCCCUAAUGCUGAGCUCUUUUCUGCUGCAGCUAGUCAGAGCUAAUCUCCCUUCUGGCUGCCUGAUCGCAUCCGAUAUCCUGAGCUGCACCAACCUUGGCCUCGACCAUGUCCCGGAAGAGUUGCCUGUAACGGCCGCAACUCUGGACUUCAAUCACAACCGCUUAGAACGUCUCGACGAGGGCAGCUUCGCUGGUCUGCCCAAUCUUGACACCGUAAGGUUAGCACACAAUCAGCUAAGCAGACUCACUCCUGGAACCUUCAGGAAUACAAGCAGCAUACGCCACCUGGACCUUUCCUCCAAUCAACUGAACAUUAUAGAGGAGUACUACUUUCAAGAGUUAGUAGGAAUCAAGGAGUUACUCCUGUACAACAACCACAUAGUGAGGGUAGAAAGCAAAGCCCUGAGUGGUUUGGUUAACCUGCAGAAAGCCUACCUAAGCCAUAACAGACUCACAGAUUUCCCCUUCUUUUCUAUUCAAGAACAUCCCAAUCUCACGACUCUGGAUCUAAGUUCAAACCGUAUGCCCAACCUUCCCGUCAAAGACAUUGAGGCUCUAAAGGAAAAGAUACAGAAUGGGUUGUUCCUGCACAACAAUAGCCUAAUUUGUGAGUGCUCCAUGUACGGCCUGUUCAAACAAUGGGAGUACAGAGGCUUUACAUCAGUCAUAGAUUUUUGGGAGGAGCAUACAUGCUUGAUUUACGGUGAGCAACGUGCUAUGGUGCAUUUUCUCAAGCAUGUACGAUACUUUGAGAAUUGCAAAAUAAAACCUCCAAUGAAGAAAAUUAUAAAGGAGGCAUAUGCUGGGGACUCUGUAAUGUUAGAUUGCACAACGUCGUUAAAGGGAAAGCAUCUUAACUACUCGUGGGUAUCUGGACGCUACGGAUACAUCGCUCUUCCUUUUAGUAACAAUACACUGCGAAUGCAUUCAAAUGGUUCUUUGGAAAUCCUGGCACUACAAUCAAAUGACUCUGGGUUGUACUUGUGCAUGGUUCAAAACCAUCAAGAGUCAAGCAAUGAUUCUCUUGAAGUUAAUUUAAUGGUGCACAUCCACCGUCAAGAGGAGGAAUCCUUUAACACUGGCUUUACAACGCUUCUGGGCUGCGUUGUCAGUCUGAUUUUGGUUCUUAUGUACCUCUUCUUGACACCCUGUCGCUGCUGGUGUCGCAAACAGCCUCUGCCAGCAACACCGAACCUUGCGAACGAAUGCAGCGCCCAGUCGUCUAUCCUGACACCCACGCCACCUGCCACCACGGAGGGCCCCGGCCGCAAGGUCAGUAACAACAAGCAUGUGGUCUUUCUGGAACCCAUCAAGGAGGCACAGAAUGGGAAGCUACGGGCAGCACUGGCCCUUGAAUGUCCCAAGCUGGCAGUAACGCGGAGCGAUGCUGACUCUGUCACUUCAGUCUUCUCAGAUACCACUAUUGUGCCAUAGCGGCUGCUUACUGCCAUCCCAAUGACCUGCUCAAAUGAGCAUGUGGGUUCUCCAACGUGUCAGUCUGCAACUGCACAGCUACUCAGGACAGAUCAGUGAAAGGGCUCUGCAAGCCCAUAGCAGGACAGAGCAGAUACAAUUAGAGAGAAUAAAGAUAUAAAAACAAAAAGAUGGAGCCAAGCUCUCCCAAGAAUCAGUUUUAAGGCUUGACUGAGCCACGAUGGUAUGAGAGAAAGGAAUUGGUUCGAAACUACAAAAGUUGAGAAGGGUAAAAAAGCUUUCCCUUUAUCACUGCUUGAGCCUUGAUAGAUUCAUAGCUAUGAAUGCCUUGUCUAGAGCCUAUAACCCACUGAAUACUGCAUAAACCCUAAUCUACUCUAGAAAUAGCAUGAAUGACAUAAAGGAGAAUGACAAGUGCAUACUGGAUUUCUAGUUUUUUUUACAUACUAGAAUAUAACUAGAAUGUUUUUUAGAUGUGCUUUGUAUCCCUGUGUUUCAGAUUGGCAAUUUGGUGAGUAGUUAUCAGCAGUAAUUCAUUUUUAAGGGGUCAUGCCCACUUUGCAAAUGUAAUGGUUUGGGCAAGAGAAAAUGCAUCUGUAAAAGAGAAGACUGUUGUUUUAAAUGGACUUGCAGAUGUGCAAAGUGGUGCUCCUAACCCAUCCGAAUGAACGUGGAUGUCACACAGAGGUCACAUCUCAUCAUAGUACGAUUAUAAAUUGAAAUGAAUGAAUUUUAAUGAAAUGGAAUCUGUGAAAAAGUACUUCUCCCCUCUCCCUAAGCAUUCCAUGUUUCCCCUUGACACCCACCCGUCCCCUUCCACAAAUCCCUACUUUGUCAGCUUCUUAAUAAAUCCUUUUGCUUCGACCCCAGAGGUAAAUGUCUGCCUUCUUAUUCUUAAUUAAUGUCUUUAAGUGAACAUUCAAACUAUAGAAUGUGUGUCCUAGAGUUCCUGCUUUUCUAUUCAAGAGUAAAAUUAAAAUGUAUGUACGUAAGAACAUACAGUAACAUAAUUAAAAGCUGCUGCCAUAUAGAUCAUGACAUGAAGUUGUGAGAUAUAACUGGGAUCAAAUGUUUGUGAAUGUCAUGGCUGCUUUUGACAACGGCAUAUAUAAGUGUCCAUAUUUGGUUGACAAUGGCACGCAAAAGUUUUAUUGACCGAUGAAGCACAAACCACAAACACUCUUUCUAUAUCUGGAACCUCAGACCCAGAGAAGGGUGAGAUUCUGAUUAAUAAAGUUUGUGUGAUGGUCUGGAGAUAUGCUGUGACCCACAAAUUAAAACGUGUGGGUGAAGGAGGAAUUGAACAAUUACAUUACCCUUGAGCCGAAGCCCAUCUUCCCCAGAAUAACUGCAUAUUAAUGAGUGUGUUUCAUCCAAAACCGUACUGUUGUCACUAAAACCACCACCAUCAUAACCACCAUCAUCAUCAUUGUCACCUCACUGUAAUAACCGAAUCUGCAUGGACACACAAUCUGACACCCAAGGCAUACAUCUAGGCUCUGGAGUAGAAGAGAGUGGGGUAAGAUGUGAACUUUUUAUUUACAGGACCAGUUGACCUAAAAAUAAAUACCCUGCCAUUAUCUACUCACUCUCACGCUAUUCCAAAUCUUUAUGGUUUUCCUAUGUGGAACAAAAAUUAACAGAAUUUCAGGAACUGUACCAACGUUCUUCAAAAGAUUUUUUUUUUUAAAGGUUUAGCAGAAAAAGAAAGUUUGCUGCAAAACGUUUUAAUAUUAUAUUAGCAAAAAACAUUUUGAGUGCAACAUUCUAUAAUGAGACGAUUAAUAUUAAAAAUGGUUCGCUGUUUUAAAAUAUUAUGAAUAAGUAAAAUCUGUACCUUUUUCAAUACUGUUUUGCAGCAGCAUUUUCUCAAUAUUUCUUACCCUGGAACACCAAUAAUUCAUGGCUAAUCAUCUGAAUCUGACAGACCAUGUCUAAAUAAAUGUUCACAUGGCCAGAAAUCUACAUCAUUUGUCACACUGGUACAUCUUACCCCCACCUUCCCUAAAGCCAAACAUUUCUUGGCAUGUCUUACAAUAUCCACAAUAGUCACCACCCCGAAUGCAUGCUCUACUGGGUACGUGUCUUUUCAUGCUGCAUAAAGCUCUUGUUAAGGGACUUUAUGCAGCGGGGUGCAGUUGCUGCCUCUGAGCUGUGUGUGGUCCACCUCAUUAGUGUUUUAUUUAUCACACAGGAUCAAUACUGUCAAAGAACAAUACGUCAAAAGUGUGACAGCAAAAAAAAAAAAAAGCAUAGGAGAAACCUCAUAUGAUCCUUGGGCUAAUUGAAACCCAAGGUUUGUGUGUAAGAGGGCUUUUUCGAUAUCGGUUUCAUAUGCGUGUGCUGGAAAUAGUUCAUCGUUAGGGAGGGAAAAAAAUGCAAGACGAUACCCAAUACUCCCAGAUAACUAAAAUCUUAUGUCUUAGGCAUGCAAUAUAAACUAAAGCAUAAUAUUCUUGCUGAAAAUGCAUCAACAAAUAAGUUUAUAGCGUAUUCACCGUAUGGACUUCAGGAAAUCAUUCUAAAGGGUAAUCCUAUUGUCUUAACAUCUGCUGAGAUGUAAUGCUGGUCUAAAAAUGUCCUUCCUUUUGCACCAUACUGAGCUUCAGAUGUCUGUGUGGGAAGACCAAUAUGGGCUUUUGUUUGAGCUCGGAGCAUUAAAGGGUUUCAAUACAUUUUGCUGCUAUAGGGCAGGUAGCUCAUUGGUCCACAAUGGCGACAUGUCGCAAACAAACGAUAUCUCGAUGCAAUAUAGAAGGCUUCGGUUAAAAGGCCUUGAAGCAAACAAACUAAAACAUUUAAGAUGAAACAAAAUAAAUGCAUGGUAUCGAGCAAAGACGCGAAGAUGCAAAACAUCUUAAUGCACAUGUUCGGAAGUCCAGAAAGGGUGGGGUAAUCUUUAAUCUUCAUGCACUGCAUAUCGAUGCAUUUGGUAUAAUAACAUUUUGUUUUGUUUCACUCGGUGCAGACGGUCCAUCGCAGCUUAGUUCUUAAGUGAAAAUGUAUCUUUAAUCAGCACACUGAAAAUAAACACACUGCUGUAGUCUCCCAUAAUGCAGUCACAUCAGCUCCGCUUUCAUUUUCUGGCUUUUCUGCAAGAUUUCCACCAUUAAAGCUCAGCAGGACAAAUCCAACAGUUUUGCCCAACAGCCUGUGAACAUGUAAAUGAGGAAUGUGUAAUUGAUUAGCUUGACUCUAUUCCUGGACGCUUUAAGCGGAACUGGAAGCAUAGUAAUAAAAAAAAAGCAUUUGAGAGAAUGAAAAAGCUCUUUUAACUACUGUGUCUGAGGUGUGACCCCAGCAAUCACGACGAACGGCAAACCAUCAUCAUAAUCAAAAACGCAUUUGCAUUCUGCCAUGCAAAUACGGUUAAGGUAUUUUACAUUUAAAACAAAAAUAACAAAUUAUAUACAAAUUUUGAAAAUAAUUGCUCUGAUUUAGAUUUGAAAAGCAUAACCCUGAGAAGAACGACUGAUAAAUCACGCUCCUUUACAACAUCCUUCAUUUCCUGCAGUUCUGGUCCCAUCCAUUUCAUAGGCAUUUCAUCACAGCUUGACAACGGUCCUUCGAUUACCAGCAAACAAAUUUAGAGCGCUCAUCAAUCAUGAAUAUUUACAGUUCUGAUGAACCUUGCAAGCGCGCCAGACUAAUAAAGAGCCGGGAUUGGCCUCCUACAAAUACUGUCUGGACAGAUUUAGGUGUAAUCUACAUCUGAGAUGAAUCCAUCACCGUGGUCGCUUUUCGUUUGUUCUUUCAUUCUGAGAACUGCGAGGGUGAAAGAAAAGCUGUGAUUAAUUCUACCGGUUUUGUUGCAGUGUGUAUUUUAAUCCCCCUGAAUAAAUAAAUAAACCUAAGAAAUUAAAACAGCUAUAUCAAAUAUGUAAUACACGAUUUAGAUCCGUCUUGCUUAAACAUUGCUUUUUCACCGUGCUUUUUUCUAUCGGCUGCGCAUUUAAAAUGUUGUUACAGUAGUUAAUUUUUUGACCAGAAUGUUAAACGUUUAUGAAGCACAGUUCAUUGAAACGGCGCCUUCAAAUAAAAAGGAUUCAUUUGGGUCAAAGGGGCAAAUACUAUGCUAUUGAAAUGACUGGAUUUGGGCCAGAGUAGAUGUGACCAUAACUUUACAAGAACAACAUGCUUUCAAAUGAGUAAUAUGGACAUAUAGUAUUCUAUUGAGCACAAAAAGAGAUGUUUAGCAGAAUGUCUGUGCUGCACUUUGGCAUACGUCCAAAAAAAGAGAGGGCCAAAAAUACCACAAACAUCUUACAUUUGCUUCAUCAAAGGUGUGCUCUAUACUGAGGGACCUGCUACGAUUGUGUCAAAUUUAACACAGAAUUUAUUUGGAAUGUAAAAACACAAAAACAUCUUAUUUUUAAUUUGCUUCAGGGAAUAAAAGACACGUGGAACCCUCAACUAGGAGUCACGUGGUAGGUCUAUCAAACUUCUCGCAACUUCUAGCAUUUUUUGACCUCCGGUUCUUUUUGACGUGCUAUGGCUUGGCUAUUAUUUUAUCGAUAUGUAAAUGAGACGCGUCUGUAUUCUUUCAUUUGCACGUUGUUAGUAAAUCAUUCACACCCAUCUGCCCCUAAGUACUUUAAAAUCGUACACCAGGCUGAGCUCUUAUUUACUAUUUACUGAAAGUCUCGCUUGUCACAUGAGAAAGAAAGAACGCUUUGUUACGGAUUGACUUUCGUAUACAAUCAGGAGUCACAUUUCCCAACGUCCUAAUUCGUUUCAUCACUGAGGGAAAGCUAGCAUAGUACGGCUUUAGAGUAAAGGUCCGGCAGCCCUCAUUAACGAUUUAUGACGUCUCUCUGACGUCAGCAUUUAAAAAAAAGCUCACUAAUCUGAAACCUAUUCACCACAAAUCGAGGAAGGAGUUCGUGACGGGUAGCUUCUAAAGCUGAGAAAGUGUAUCUGAAUUAAAUAAGUAUACAAAAUGGAAUUACAGCAUUGGCCUAAAUUCUUUUAAAGUGGAAAUCAAACCACACUUGAGAAAGUGGAAAGUACUGGGCGUCAGGGACCAGGUCAAAGUAACGCCAACCUUUGCAGGUCAGUCUUCUCAAAUGCCCAUUACUAUUGAAACGCGCACACAUGCAAUGAAAUGAACCAUUAUGAUUCUCACUGAAAACUGCAGAGGAAUUCGGCACCAGCAACAAAAAGAAGGACUGUCUGGUGUUUGCAGUAUUUUUCUAAUUUAUUAUCGUCUAAAACAUUUACCGUAAACUGGUUUAAGUCGAUAGCACUAUCAUUAAGGACUUCCCCCGUUAGAUGUGUGUGCGAGCGUAUCCUUUUUCACUCUCUAAACCUAACAGGAUGUUUAGACAUGAACUCCGAGCCUGGAGUCCGCUUAAGUUAAUUAGCAGGCAUUGUUAAUGAGCGCUCUGAGCCGGCAGUUAGCCGCUCCGCUGGUAUUUGAUGGAGCCGUCCAGGGUAGGCUUAUGAUGACUUACUGUUAUUAGCGCUUCCAGAGAAGACAGCCAAUUAAACAUAGUGUUCAAAGAUUUUCACCAUAUUAGUACCGAUAUCACAAUGGAAAGUAAAUCUCACGGGAGGCAAAAUAUUCGAAACAUCUGAUGAACGAUGCUGCGAAGAUUCACGGAGCAGCGCUGUAGCCAAACAGCACGACUGAGGUUAGGAAAAACCUCUUCUGAUUCACUGCAGGCUGAGAUUUCGAUCGCAACAGGAGAAACUCGCUGCUACAGAGUUUUAAAACACAGAAACACCUCAGAAACGUGUUCAUGUCAGUUCAGUUUCACAGGGAAAGGGUGAGAUGGAAAGUCUGCGGAAUGCAAGGUGGCACAGAUGCACAGGAUUCUGGGACUGCACAAAAACAACGACACAGAUGCAAUGAUAAAUUUCAAUGAGGCGUUUGAGAACAUAACACUAUGAAAACUAUGGAAGCAGGUCCCGUCAUAUAUAUAUAUACUUUUUUCCAUGAUUGUGAGAUAUCAAUUAACAGUUAUGAGUUAUAAAAGUCGGUACUGCGCUAUGUAAACCUGCAACUGCAAAAAAUAAAUCAAUAAAUUACGAGAUUUAAACAAAAAAAUUAGGAGAAAGUCGAACUCUGGGAAAUAAAGUCUUAAUUCUGAUAUAAAGUCAUAAUACAUGUUCAUAUCUCACAUUUGUGACUUUUCUUAACAUUGUGAGUUUAAAUCUUGCGAUUCUGACGUAACGCGCAGUUGCGAGUUUCUUACAAUAUUGAGGGAAAACGUUAGAAUUGCGAAAAAGAAAAUCCUAAAAACUCGAUAAUACUCGCAAAUCCAACUCGCAACUGCAUCUCAUAACUCUAACCAUAUAAGUCACAACUGAGAGGUCAAUAUGGACAUUUUGGCUGCUGGCUGUUUAUGUAUUAAAAUCGUUAACCGAUCCUAGAGCAAUCCUAGAGUCUUGAACCACUAGGUUUUUAGUUUUUUUCUCUCGAUGUAGUGGGUUAUGUUUAAAGCCCCUUUUUAAAACCGUACUGUCCAUGAAAUGGUUGUUUUUUUUCACUCCGUCAAUGCUUCGACUACAAAGCAAUUCCCGCAAAUUGAGCUUGAUUUGGCUGCUUUCGUAAGGGCUUUACCAAAGGGGAACGUCGACCACCUGUGGCGCGGAUCGUCACGGAGCAGCCGCAUCGGCCUAUUACAAAAACACUCGUUUAUUAUCGCCAUAACCCCGCAGCGACCGGAUUUCUUAUUUUUAAGCACUACAGGGGGAAAGCAAAGCUAAUAUUCUGUAGUUCCACGACCGCAUGCGUCCGUGAGUCACCGCGGAGAAGGUGACACAUGUUCUCGCAGCUUUGACAGGCCUGUAAACUGCGAGUUGAGUGAUUCGAGGUUCAGAAUUGAACACCGAGUGAAAAUGGUCGCGCCAAAUAAAGGGUUUGGAUUCCAGAGGAAUUUAUUCACCCAGUUUCGUUCUGGCAGAAGCCCUGCUUGCCGUUCUCCCUCAGUAUUUUCCAUAAAACAUCUAUAGCUAACACUUCAAAUCAAUUCGUCACCUCUAUUACGUGAUCAAUGUCCAAAAUCGCACCACUCUUGCUCUUUGGUGUCGAAAAAGAGCAAUAGGAUGAAGUUCUUUAAAGGCGUCGAAGGUUCAACGAAAAAGCUCUCCAUUAAACGAAACGCUCUUUCUGGUGGAACAAAUAAAAUAAUGUUCAAUAAAAGGAGGAACUCGAACGUUUUAUUCUUUGGCAUCGCUGCGAAAACGCUUUACUUUUAAGAGUUCAGAUGCACGUUGAAAGCCAAAGCUCACACGGACACUGGCCAUCGCACCUCAAGGGACGGUCAUCUCAUCGUGGUUUCAGACGAGUGAGAAAGGCUCCGUCGUUCCUGCCAGAGCCGGUCAGAUGGGCGCAAACACACACACAUGCAAAUGUAUGACGGAGCGACGGGGAUGCGAUGCUUUGUGCCGAAAUGUCCUUGGUGAGACAGAUGCCGACGUAAGAAAUGACACACGGGGUGAACUUUAAAGGAAUGCGCAGUGAAGGAUUUACUUUCAUCUGUGGAACACCAAGAGUCGUUUCUGUAGAAAGUUCAAGCUGCUCUUUUCCAUUCAAAGAAAACGAAUGUAGAUAUAUGAAUAAUAACAAUACUACUGCUACUA